AGGUAUAUUGAGACUCGAAUCAUAUGGGGGUUGGGGACAGUUUUGCACAAACACUCUGUCACUAGUGAAAGAGAUCCCACUAAUUAACCGAACAAAUUACAGACGAAUCCAAGCUCUGUCAUUUGAUAAGACGAAUGCAACUACAUCCUCGCCGGUCUCGUGACUUCAGCUUGAACUACACGCGCGAGGGUCACUUCCGGUGCCAGUACACGAGUGAACAGAUUAGUGGCACUGGACAGGUUAUUCAUGCACGCAUAGUGUUUGUUUUGCAACUUCUGAAGGCAGUGGAUGAUGAUCAGUGGAUGGUCCUGUGUGGAGAAUGAUUGAAGAAGAUUGGUGCACAGCCGAGCGUCAUGGCUGCCAGUAUACAGAUCGACCAACCCCAGAACAUCAAUGCGAUGUUCACCCUUCUGGAGUCGUCAGACAUCGACGUGGCUGACGACAUCCGGAAGCUCAUCCUUGACAAUCUCACCUCAGGGCGGGAGGCAUGGCUGAUCCACACUCUGGUCGACUAUUACUAUGUCACCCAUUCUGUCAGGAUCGAGGAAAUCCUAGCUGAGGUCCGGGAACCGCAGGACAAGCCACUGCUGGACAAGCUACAGGAUGGGUUGAAGAACAAGGAGAAGCUCCAGUCUCUGCAGCUACUGAUGUACAUUGUCUACAAACAACCCCCCUGGACGCACAAGAUAGUGGAAUCUCCCAUCUUCUCUACAUUGCUCAAGUGUCUCAAGAAUGCUAAUGACAUCCCGGUUGUGAUGACUGCGCUGAUGAUCGUGACGAUGCUGUUGCCGGUUGUCCCUGUCACCAUUGCAUCCCAUCUGCAGGAAAUAUUUGACAUCUUCAUGAGGCUCUCUACAUUCAGUAUUAAGAAACCAGCCAACACUCCGGACAUAUUCCUGCUGCACCUCCAGGUGGCGCUGUACAGCAUGCUGCAUCGCCUGUACGGAAUGUACCCCUCCUCCUUCCUCACAUACCUCCACCAGCAGUAUCGAAAGAAGGACAAUGCUGUCGUGUUUGACGAAGUCAUCAUGCCUAUGUUGGAGAGAGUUCGUCUCCAUCCCUUCCUGAUUGUGGGAACGCGAGAACAAGAGACAUCUACAAACAGAUGGAAGCGCAUGGAGACGCAGGACGUGGUUGUGGAAUGCACCAAGAUGUCGCUGGACCACCUGGAGGGGACGUGGGAACAGCUGCGGUGUCCCAUCUUCGCCCACUCCUACCAGGCCGCCCGGGAUCUCGUCACGCAGGCUCAAGACCAUCCUCCAGGCCAAGAUGUUGCAUCGUCUCAAGGUAAAAGCUACGACAGUAUUGUGGAGUUCCUGUCUGUCCCGAACCCUGAUGUCUACCUGAAGUACAGCCCAUCGGUACUCAUCGGCCUCUCCACGCCCCCACAGUCCCAGAGGAACACCCCUGCCACCAGCUUCCUGGACGUCAGCAGCUCCAGCAUGCCGCAGUCAUUGUUAGGAACAUAUGGCAACACACCCAUGCAUACACCCAUCGACACCACCCCCAGGGAAACACCCACCAUGGGGGAAGAGGCAGAUAGAGCUCUCAGUCGAAACAGCAGCCGCAGUCUUCUUCAUAAAAGCGAUCCGAAGCGGCAGAGCAUUGGCAGCACAUCGUCUCGAGGACCUCACAACUUACCUGACCUGAAGAUCACGCCAGGAUCCCAGCCAAGCAGCGUCCCUCCCUCGCCCCUCAAACCGGAGUUCACAUCCGAGCCUCCGAAGGGUGCGGUGAAAUCAAUGCCAGUGAGGAGGGCCAUACGGGAGCUACGGUUUGACCGCAUCCCCGAACUGCAGUGUGACCAGACAGUGCCCGACAGCGGGUCAAGGUCACUGCCUGAUGCUGGGUCAAGGUCAGUGCCCGACGGUGGGUCAAGGUCAGUGCCCGACGGUGGGUCAAGGUCAGUGCCAAACAGUGGGUCAAGGUCAGUGGCCGAUGUGGCCGACGGAGGGACAAAUGUGAUCGAUGGGUUGAAGAGAUGUGAUUCUGCAGCUGAAGCUGUGACGAUUGAUGAUCUUCACCAUGUGAUGAAGGAACUGGGAGAACAUGAAGAUGGAGAAAGCGAUGACCCUGAGAUGAUUGAGAUCAACCGAGAAACUGCAACAAUCAAAUCGGACAGCAGUGACAGUUACGACGACGCCUCAUCUUCGUGUCAACAUCUGACGGCGGAGUCCGUGAAACAGUUCAUGACGAAAGUCAACCGAAUACGGUUUAACAGUCUUUCUAAUAAUGGCAAUGGCGAACAAACAUUUGAAAAACGUGGUGUUGUAAGGUCCUCUUCGUGUCCCUUGUUCAAACAGGAAAAUGGUGUCAUUGAGGAGAACGAACCAGCGUCUCGCUGCGCUUCAACCAGCUUUCAGUGUCAGUCUGACACUACAAUAGAUACUUUACCAAUUGAAAACAUCGAACCCCCGCCCCACGAACCUGAAUUUGAAGUUAAUCCAGAUGUGCCAAAAUGUGAAGAGAGAGACGUUCCCAAAGCCAAAGAAGAAGCAGUGGAACAGCAGUUGCCUCCAGUGCUUCAGAAUGAUGGCAACACAUUCAACAUCAUGAAUGUCUUUCAGGCUCUCGUGGCGCCGGUUAGUGUGAUCAUGUGUCAGAAUUGUCGAAAUCAGCUGAUUGUUCCUGAUAAGAAGCAGACGUGUGACAAGACGAGACACCAAGGAGAAUGGUCAGGUCCUGAGAUACCGCUGUUCAGCUCCGUGUCCCCCGUGGAGCUACUGGAGCGCCACCUGAAGAUGGGCAGUGAGCUCCAUGCCAAGGAACUCACCAGGAUUCCGCUCACCAGCAAGGACACUGUCCACUGGACUCACUUCGGAGGUGCCCCUCCAGCAGAUGAGGUGAACAUACUUCGGGGGCAGGUGUUAAUGUUGGGGAACCAGGUGCAGUAUGAGAGACACAAGAGGGACCUCCAUGCCAAGAGGAACCGGAGGUUACUGAGGAAGAUUGCUAAUGCCAUUGCCCUUGAGGAACAGAACAAAGCAAUGAUGGAGCAGCUGCGACUGCUGGAGGAGAAGAUCCACAACAUGCAGGUGUCGCUCCGCCUGCUGCAGGACGAGAACCAGGACCUGCGCCAGGCCAAGGAGAGCAACGAGUACGAGAAGCUUGUGCAGUUCAGAGUGACGAUGCAAGCAAACAGAGAUUUUGAGAUGUCGAACACUGAGCUGAAGAGUCUGCUUAUCACGCAAAGGGAAGACCACGAUAAGCUCAAGAAGGCGGUGCAGGAGACGGAACAUCGUCUGUUUGAGAAGGAGAAGCAGCUGGAGAUGAUGCAGGAAGCCGUCAGCAGAACCAACAAACUGGAGGAUCACGUGUUUACACAGCAAAAGGAAAUCCUGCUGCUGGGCGAGUUGCAGCACAAGUACCAGGAGAAGAUCGAAUUCCUCAAACGUCAGCAGCACUCACACCCGCAACACGAUCAUGUUGUCAUGACAAUGAAAGCCGAGUUGAAAUCUCUGAAGAUGCAGCUGUCCCGCCUGACGGUGCUGUCAGAUACCAGGCAGCGCCGGCUAUCCGAAUGUGAGGAGACCCUGAAGGACAAGGAAAUAGCCAUGGGUGAAAUGAAGACGAUGUUAGAAAGAGUCAAAGCAACACAUGGAAAUGAAUUAAAGGCUGUGGAGGAGAAGUACAGGCUGUCUGUGCGGGUCAACCAGGAGUACGAGGGCAAGGUGCUUGAACUCUUCACACUCACCGACCAGCUCAAUCAGCAGCUCCGCGUCCUCCGACAAGUUUCCAGAAAUGCACCAAAAAAACAAACUGAAAACCAGUCAGCCAUCAGUAGAGCACGAUCUGUUCCGCCUGACAGCGACAAGUCAGUGACGGAGUGUGUGGAAGGGCAAUGUGAAUCUCCAGGACAGCAGGACAGUCCCGAUACACGUCGUGUUGUGGCACCAGAAACAGUAGCUCAAGACACAUCCAAGCUUGGAGAUGAUCCAAGCUUAGUACACGGCAAGCAUCUUUCAAAGAGUUACGAUUCUAUGUCCAUCACGUCCCAAGAUGGAGCAAGUCCUUUAGGGUAUGAUGGGAAGACGAAGUCAACAGACAGCGAAGACAUCCAGUCUUUGUCUCAGAGCACACGAACAAUGGACAGCGGCGUUUGGGAGAAGUCAACAAAGUGACAUCUCUGUGUUGGAUACUAAUUGGUCUUCAUUCAUGCUGCAGCUUACUUGCUCAGCCAUCAAUUCCAGCUGGAUAGAUGGCACUGCAUCAAGGGGAGACAACCCAUCUGCUUUCAUUCUGGAGUGUGGUACCACAUGGCUUGGGGUUGGUUAUCUUCAGUUAACAUUAUAACUCAUCAUGGGGAACAAGGCUGUUUCCACCAAUGUCUGACAUUGUCGAGUGCAGUACAGUGUGAAAUUGCAUAUUCUUGCAGAAACGAAUUUUUUCAUGUCCAUCUGCGCCUGCUUUGAUGUGAGUUAUCUCCCUUGCUAAGGGAGACAAUCCUGAUUUUGUUUUUUGUUUGCCAGUGUUGAGUAUAUGAUGAUUUGUACUUAUACAUUUCAGUAUUGUUCAUUCAAUAUUAUGACAUGGAUGGAAAAUGGUAGAACAGCAAUGGACAUUGCACAACAUUGCCAAAUUCUUUGAGAAGGCAUUCAUCUUUAAAUAUAUAGGUGGGGUUUUAUACAGUACUGUAAUCAGAGUUAAAACAUCCUUACUACAUAUUAAUCUUAAAAAAUAUUUGCUGUGACAAUCAGUUUUGCUUACAGUUGGGUUGCAUACUUUAUAUGUUUUUUGAAUUUGAGGUGUUGUGGCCACAACAAUGACAUGACAUGUUUGUCCGUCAGAUGGGCUCGGUAUGGCAAAGAAUGGAUUGGGAUAUAAGGUCACUCAGACUGACCAGGUGAGCUAACAGUACUUGAAAUUGUUGGUUCUUGGUGUCCCCAGGAAUACCCAGGAAUACUGCUUAGUGCAACUUUAACCACUCGUCCGAAGCCCGAGUCUAGUAAGAGUCUGUUUAGUCAAGUAGGACAAGCUUAUAAAACACCAUAAGAUGACACUGAGCCAGGUUUGGACCAGGGCCCACUUGCACAAAGCGAUCUUAGCGCUAAGAUGAUCGUAACUCCCAUACUUUAACAUAGGCUUACGAUAGUCUUAGCGCUAAAAUUGCUUUGUGCAAGUGGGCCCAGGACUCUAAGUGGCCCAAAUGACUCCUCAUUCACUCACAAAAUACUGUUCACCAAUCAACACUGAAAUUUUGAAAUAAUUAUCUUGAUGAUAUGAAAUAAAUGCAUACCAAGUUUAAUUGGAAUAUAAACUUGGCAACUGUUGCUUCCUGGAAACAUGCAUACUGGUUCCAUGAGGUUUAAAAAAGAAAAGAAUUGGUUCUCAGGCAAAGGCUUUUAAAAAACAAUAUGGUGCAGGCAGGUGGGCGGUGUUUUUGUGGUUAUUUUUCUGUUGUUAUUUUUCUGUUGUUCAUACUAGUAUGUAACCAAAUAAACAGUUGUGCACAAUCAACCUGGGAAAGGGCCUCCUGACAUAAAUGUAUACCUUGAUGAGUAAUAUACAGGAUCACAGUAUUUUACUACCAUUGGACUUGGAAUAUUUAAGGAUUUUUUUAUACAUUUUUAAAUGGAAAUUUCUGCUCCAGGUUGGUAGAGUUGGGUAAAGUGUUGUCCUGUCAAGUCUGUGUUUGAUUCCCCGACAUUCCUGCCGUCUCGGCUCUGAUACUGCAUCAUCAACAUUCAAGAAACUCACUGAAAUAUGUCAACACCCUCAUCAUCUGGUCGUGAAGUGUAAAUGAAGCCUACAGGCACAUACGAACCAAAGUUAAUCUUUAGUUGUUAAUUUAUUGUUAGGUGAGCUACAGUGCUGUCAUGCCACUUGAAAAGAUAUUUUUACAAACUAUUUCUGAGUCUUUUUCAAACUCAUAACAAUUAUGAGUGAGAGAAAGUCUUUGGUUUCUAAUUUCCAGUUAGAUAAUUAGGGGAGUCUAACAGUCAAUUAUGGGGAGAUUUGGGAGGGUCAUAUUACCGGGAUUUUUAAUAAGAUUCAGAUCUGCCAAAGAAACUUAUCUAUGGUUACAAAAUAUCCACACUGUUCAUUACCAACAGGAUCGGGUUAGAAUCGGUCUUUAGCAACCCAUGCUUGUCGUAAGAGGCGACUAACGGGAUCGGGUGGUCAGGCUCACUGACUUGGUUGAUGCAUGUCAUCGAUCCUAAUUUCAUGGAUCGAUGCUCAUGAUAUUAAUCACUGGAUUGUCUGGUACAGACUCGAUUAUUUACAGACCGCCAUCAUAUAGCUGGAAUAUGCAGAGUGCAGCGUUUAACAACAAACAAAUCAUUAGGUGCGAGUCAGUGGAUUGAAAAGAUUCCUGUAUGUUGCCCUUUCAAUACUAGUCUACACCAACCCACACGACAUCACCUCAAGCUCAGCUACUGCUGAAAUGGCAGUUUCUUUUCCCAUUGUGAAGUAGUUUAUUAAAAAUGUCUUAUCACUCCAGCUUGUUUUAUACUACCAACAGUAUUCAUUGUAAACUAAUGUUUAAUUGCCAGGCCCUAGUGUCCGUCUGUAACUUAUCAAUGACACUCACCUUGUAUUUGAUGCAGACAGGAAUAUUUGUGUGCGAAACCUACAGAGAUGCUGCUUGGUGAAACUUUUAUGUGCCAACUAGUGAAUUAAUUUGGACAUUUUAAUUGAUCCAUACAUAAAUCUCUAUGAGAGGUGUGGAGCAAGUACUUGAAACGAGUAGAAUAGCAACCCUUGCUUACCGUAAGAGGCCACUAACGGGAUCGGGUGGUCAGCCUCACGGACUUGGUUGAUGCAUGUCAUCGUAUUCCUGUUGUGUGGAUCGAUGCUUAUGAUGUCAAUCACUGGAUUGUCUGGUCCAGACUCGAUUAUUUACAGACCGUUGUCAUAUAGCUGGAAUAUUGCUUUGUGCGGUGUUAAAAAAACAAAAAAAACAACCUUGAAACAAAAGACUUUUUUUGGCUUAGUUUACAAAGCCUUUACAAUCUUGCCAACACAAUUACAUGCAGCAGUGAGGCUGAUGGUGUUUACCUUGACUGUGGUGUACCCUGCAGCAUCCAUCCCUUCCCCCCAUGUACCCAGGUUUCUGAAGUGAUGGCUUUUCACUGACAAUCACCACUUUGUGUCAACAUGGCUGCACCACCCUGACAUGCUACUGCGAGUGCCUCCUGAUGUCCAGAUUAACGCACGGGUUCAGUGGUAUUCUGUAUCAUUACCAAAUUGUAAAAGUGAGAAAAAUCUUCAGGGUACUUUGGUCAACAUGUCCUAGAAACUGAACCUUUCUGAAACCCUGUAGGCUUUAUUGAGGCAAGCAUGGAAAUUGUGUGUGGAGAGCCGUUUGCAUCUCACAUUCACAUGCUCCUCCACUGGAACAUGUCAAUAACUCACCAACUAUUCUACAGCAGAUUGGGAGAGGCCAUGUUGUCGCAAAGUGUCUUCAACGUGUGAAAGCGUCUCUUGUUUCCCUGGGUAGACAGUAAUGACACCGUGGUACAUUAAGCAAGCGAUAGAUCCGUGGUACGUAAUGUAAUCCUACAGUCCUGGGCACAAAGCAAUGGCACGGUGGUACGUAAUAUAAUCCUACAGCCCUGGGCACAAAGCGAAGGCGCGGUGGUACGUAAUAUAAUCCUAGUCCUGGGCACAAAGUGAUGGCACAUAAUAUAAUCCUACAGUCCUGGGCACAAAGCGAUGGCACGGUGGUACAUAAUGUAAUCCUACAGUCCUGGGCACAAAGCAAUGGCACGGUGGUACAUAAUGUAAUCCUACAGUCCUGGGCACAAAGCAAUGGCGCGGUGGUACAUAAUGUAAUCCUACAGUCCUGGGCACAAAGCGAUGGCAUGUAAUAUAAUCCUAUGGUCCAGGGCAAUCAGCAAUGGAUCCGUGGUACAUUCGUCCCUGGGUACAUUUCAGUGGUAACCAAGUCAGAAAGUUACCCGCUGCUGCAGUGAGAUCCUGACUAGAAACUUCGCAAGGUCUGUGAUAUUUAAUAGCUCAUGAAACUAUUUUCCGUCUGUAUGAAAUAUGUAGUCCUGUUCACUGAACUUAGCAACCAGAUUGUUAUUACUAAAUGGGCAUUGAGACAAUCCAGUAUUUUUUCCCCAGUGCACAUUGAAUGACUUACACGAACAUCCUGCCUAUUACUUACAUACCAGAUGAACCAAAAUGUCUUGGGUAUAAGUUAUGAACCCCUUCUGUAUAAAAUUUUCUUUUAACUUUCUCAUGCAGUUUUUGUGCUACAACUAUUGAAUGCUUAUAGUUGUAGCGUAAAGGUGAUUGUAACUCUCAUUGGCUUCCGAUAGUCAGUGCUAUGAUUGCUUUGCAGAACAGGGCUGGAUUUUUUUUUUUUACAGAAUGAUCUGUAAGCCAAGCAAGAAAAGCCUCGCCCUAGGUGUAGAGGGUUUUGUUUCUCUUGCACUUCCCACAACAAAGCACUUUCACAUAGGAAAUGUCAAUCCUUAUUUUCACAUUACGUUCAGGUUGCUCUGUUGGAUCCAUCAUUCAAGGCCCCCGAGCUUGUACCCAAGACAGUAUGGUAUGUCAAGUCUGUUUUGCGUUGCAGACAAGAUCAAUGUGUCAGUAAUUCGCUUCUGAAAAUAAAUGAAUAUUUAUCCUGU